AUGGAAGCCAACGAGAAUAUACUGGAUACACGGCUCAAGGCUUUUAAGAAAGCAAAGAAGAAGAGCGAUAAGAAGAAGAGGGCAUCAAGGAACAAGUGGCUUGCUAAGCAACAGCAAAUCUUUACUGAGCAAGAAAUACUUGCAGAAGAGCGUGCUGCUGCUAGGAAAAAAGCUGCUGAGCAACAAGCAGCUGCGAUGGCGAACCACGAGAGAAGGUUGGUGAGGCAAGAACGCGCCUCAACGCCACUGAAGGGUUGCAAAAUCAGAACAUUUCCCAAUUAUACUCCGGGUUAUUAA